CCGAGCCGAACCAAAAGCCCCGAAGAAACCCCACCAAACUCUCCUCCGUUUUGCUCCCAUUUCCUUCGUGCCGUCCGCCUCCGACGUCUCGUAUCGCCUCCGCUCCCCUUCUCCAACCUCGCCACCCGGCCUCCCCUCUUCUCCACCCGGCCUCCCCCGAAGUUCGCAGCCGCCGCGGAGCGCCUCGUCCCCAUGGCGGCCUCUCUCCUACAUGCGGCCUCCUCCCCACUCGCGAGCACCAACCCGCCCGCCCGCGCGCCUUUCCGCCCCCUCGCAUCCUCCCCGUUCCUGCGGCUCGUGCGCUCCUCCCCCGACCGCCGUAGCCGACUGGACGCCCCGCCGCUCCGCGCUCUCUCGGCCGGCACCCGUCUCGCCGCCGGAGGGGACGCCCCCCGUGCUCGCCGCGUCGUCCUCGCCUUCGCGGGGGAGGAACCCGUGGGUUCAGAAUUGGGUGAUGACAAGGAAAAGGAGAAGUCUGAGAUAGAGCCCGAGGAGGCCCAAGAAGUGUGGAGGGAGAUGCUCAACCAGUUCAAGACCGAGGCCAUCCGAAUGCAGGCCCUGACAACGCAGGCAUAUGAUGUCUACUCCAAGAGAGCAAGGGAGGUGCUGUUAGAGGCCGCGGAGAAGCUGAGGAUCCAGGCAGAUAAAGCACAGAAGGACCUGACUGUGAUUGCCGCGGAGGUUGGUGAGGAGGGGCAGGAAUAUCUAAAGCUGGCAGCUCAGAACUCCCCAGAUUCAAUCAAGGACAUCACUGAGACAAUCAAGGGGCUUGGCAAGUUGAAUGGGCUAUCAGAGUAUCAUGAUUAUCAUGUCAGCAUUCCGUUUGGUACCUUCCUUACCAUUGGAGGUUUCCUGAACUUCAUGCUAACUGGAAGUGUAUCUGCAAUACGCUUCGGUUUUGUUCUUGGGUUUGCACUGUUGGCUCUGGGUGUCUCAAGUUUGAGAUCGCAAAGAGCAGGCGGUCGUCAGCCUCGUCUUUUGUUGAAAGGCCAAGCUGCUAUUGCAAGUGUCAUCUUCCUCAGGGAAUUAUCAAUUUUCUUCCAGUACGGGUGGUUUCCAAAUAUUUUUGUGGUCCUUCUCAGUGGAGCGGUGGCAGCCUUUUACAUUCACCGCAUUGUGACUGGGGGCAACAAAGGUCCAAGCACUGAGAGUGGUUCAGAGAACUAAUGAAGUUGCUUCUCAUCUCAUGAUGCAAACACAAUGGGAUGGACCAGAUGAUCGGGGAAACUUGGGGUUCUGAAGAUUGAUUGUGUCCCUUUGCCUCUUAAGGUUUCCUUUCUUGAGCGGUCAACUCAGGCACGCUUCAGUUUGCCUGUAGUGUCUCCUCAAAAGGCUUGCUCGCAUACCUGUACUCGUCACCUAUCAUGGUUGCGGCCUUGGUUCUUUUCCUCAUGUAAUAUAGAUGCUAGCCUGGAACAACAAUAAGAUAUGGCCCUGGAAGGUCCUGUCAUGCUCAUGUAGCCAUCUGUUCAUUAUUCAUGUUGUUUAUUUAUAACACAUUCAAUGUCUAGUGAAAUCCUGCAAUACAGUUGA